ACUCCGCUUAGGUAAUUACAUCUUUGAGGGAAAGACUGGAAACGCUUAGAAACGUCAAGUUAUCGACAAACUUUUGUUUCCAAUUCGAUUCAUCGGUGCUGAGCUUCCUCUUCGACGUUCUCGAAGGCUUUUCUAGCUCCUCCUCCUUCAUCGUCUUUUGUCCCUAGCUCGUUCUGCUAAUCACUUCACCAUGCUGCCGGCCAAGCGCAACAAGAUCGACAUCAGUAAACUGACGGAGGAGGAGCAAAAGCUCUUUCGACUGUACGGCAAACUUCCAGCGCACAAGAACAUCUUGACCAAGAUGCAAGGGGACCGGAAAUAUUUCGAUUCAGGUGACUAUGCACUCUCCAAAGCCGGAGUCGCACCACAGAACACCGUUGGUACUGCGAUCCCCAAUCCAGACAACAUCCCACAUGCAUCAUCGCCGCCGACAUCACACUCCGGCGGGUUAAGCGUAUCCCCCACAAACAAGCUCAUGUCCUGCAAAAGAGAGUUCACUCUCCCAUUCCGAGGAAGAAGAGCCAGAGAGGGAAGACGCUGAUGCAGGGGUCCAGGAGGACGCAUAGACGUUCACUCUUCUUUUUGCUUUCCGUGCUCAUCCACUUCCCGAUUCUUCAAAGAGCUUAAAGACGCUACGUUUUGCUCAUGUAUUCCCUAUGUAUCAUCGGUACCCCAUCCCAUGCCUUCCAGAUUCAAUGCUUGGCUACCCUUCCUUGAUCUGUAGUCUGCUGCUGUUUUGAAUCUGUUCUGUAUCAGUAACUACAUAUAGUAUCCGCUCAUCGCACAUUCAUCUGUCUGUUUUGCAGGUGCUAUCUAUAAUAAUUCUGGA